AAGCAUAAAACAUAAGCAAUACCAAACGGUGCCAAGAUCCAAACGAAACCUUAAACGGCAAUUGGUACGCAGAUUGCGGCCCGGCCAUGCCAUAGAGCCCCAGCGCUCCUAUCUCCAGCUCACUGGUAGAGCUCGGAAAUGGCGACGGGCUCUCUCUUGGCCGGUCUCCUUAGGCGAUCGUGCCAUGGAAAUCCCAGGGCUCCCAACCUCCGGGCGCUCCCCUUCUCCCACCUCGAAAGCCUUAGGUGCUUCUCCUCAGGCCCCUCGAGGGGCGAAGCCCUCGCCGUCGAGGAGGAGCCCACCGGCCCUCCGGAUGAUCUGAGGAGCCGCCUCUUCCGGCUUCGGUUCCCCAAGCGGAGCGCGACGGCCGCCCUUGACAAGUGGGUCGGCGAAGGGAGGAAGGUGACGACCACGGAGCUCCGCCAGAUCGCCCAGGACCUCAAGCGAUCGCAGCGCUACAAGCAUGCUCUCGAGAUAUCAGAGUGGAUGAAAACUCAUCAAGAAUCUGAGUUAUCAGAUAGUGACUAUGCAAUGCGCAUAGACUUAGUAACUAAAGUUUUUGGUGUUAAUGCUGCUGAAGAUUUUUUCCAACGGCUCCCACCAACUGCAAAAUCCUGUGAAGUAUAUAUGGCCCUCCUCCAUUCAUAUGCUGCAGCAAAACUGACAGAGAAAGCUGAGGACCUCUUUGAGAAAAUCAAAGAAUCAGAUUUCUCUGCAAGUGCUUUGUCCUAUAAUGAAAUGAUGACCUUGUAUAUGUCAGUCGGACAGCUGGAUAAGGUUUCCAUAGUUGUUGAAGAACUGAAAAGUCGAAAAGUUUCACCAGAUCUAUUCACUUAUAAUCUCUGGAUAAGUGCAUCUGCUGCAACCAUGGAUAUUGAUGGUGUAAGAAGGAUCCUUGAUGAAAUGGCCCAUGAUUCAAACUCUGAUAAAGACUGGAUAACCUACAGGACAUUGGCGGACAUCUAUGUUACUGCUGGUCAUCUUGUGAAUUCAGAUUUUUCUCUCGUUGAGGCUGAUGCAAAGAUUAGCCAGAGAGAAUGGAUAACUUAUGAUUUUCUCAUCAUUCUACAUGCUGGUCUAGGGAAAACACAAAGAAUAAAUGAAAUAUGGAAAUCUUUGCGAAUGACUUCGCAGAAAAUGACUAGCAGAAAUUACAUCUGUAUUCUUUCUUCCUAUCUCAUGCUUGGGCAGUUGAAGGAAGCUGGAGAGGUUAUUGAUGAGUGGAGAAACUCUAAAGUCCUGGAUUUUGACAUCUCUGCCUGCAAUAGGCUUUUCGAUGCAUUUAUGAAGGCUGGCUUGGUGGAUACCGCAGAGACAUUUCAAGGACUAAUGCUACAGAAAAAUUGUGAACUCAGAAGUAGGGUGUAAUUUGGCUCUCAUCUGAGGAAACCAAGUGAGAGAUAUUACUCAUCAAUGUUUUUAUUUUCCCUUAUGUAACAAUUAUAGCCGAAAACUUUAGACUUCAACUCCCGCUUUUAAAUAAUUUAAUGAAAUCUUCAAUGCUAUAUGUUCAUUCUGACUGUUUUAUGAAUUAUCAAUAAAUAUGCAUUCUCUAGCA